GCAUCAUGGAAAAGCAUUGCCGACCUGCCGAAUGUUCUCCACGGUGAUUAUCAGUCGAGCUAGACCAGCAGCAUCGGCUGCCUGUCGGGGCUGCAGAGUUAGCUUUGCCAUGCCUCUUCGAGCGAAGAUCCUCUCACAGCAUGCCCCCAAGCAUAGAGCACUGAUGUCAACCCAAUCGAUGGCCGAAAUCUUCCGCGAGGUUCCGGGGGACGAACCCGAAGAUGUUCUUUUCAACAGCUUAUACGGACUCCGAACGAUUGAGCUCAACCGACCGGCCCAACUCAACUCCCUGAACGGAUCGAUGGCCAGGAAAAUUGCGCCGAGAUUACUCGAGUGGCAGAAGUCCGAUAUGGCGAACGUGAUCGUUAUGAAAGGAGCUGGGGAGAAAGCGUUUUGCGCCGGAGGGGAUGUCAAGGCUCUUGCACAGGCAAACGAGACCGGCCCAGAAGGCCAAAAAAGGUCAACGGACUACUUUGCCCUGGAAUAUAAGCUUGAUCAUCUGAUUGCGACAUACGAAAAACCAUACGUUGCAUUCAUGGAUGGCAUCACGAUGGGAGGUGGUGUCGGACUAAGCGUCCACGCGCCAAUCAGGAUCGCCACUGAACGGACGCUUUUUGCCAUGCCAGAGACGACCAUUGGCUUUUUCCCUGACGUCGGGGCCUCAUUCUUCCUGCCCAGAAUGGCUGGUGCGACGGGAACAUAUCUCGCCCUGACGAGCGACAGGUUAAAGGGUGUCAAUGUGUUCUACUCUGGAGUCGCGACUCAUUACCUGCAUUCGACCAGCCUGCCAAAUCUGGAGUCGCGCCUAGCGGAGCUCAGGUUCAAGGACAGCGACCCCCUGACGCGGAGACUCGAGAUCAUUAGCUCAACCAUCGAAGAAUUCAGCACAGGCUUGCCGCAUGACCAGCCCAUGCAGCUGGCUGGAGAGCUGCGCAGUGCUAUCGACCGUUGCUUCAGCCACGAUAAUGUGCCCGCGAUCAUCAAAGCCCUCGAGCAGGAGACGAAGGCAGAGAACAGCACAGUCGGGCAGUGGGCGGAAAAGACGAUCAAGACACUCCACGAGAGAUCCCCGACCGCGGUUCACGUGAGCCUGAGGCAGAUGCAGAUUGGCAGGAAGUGGUCCAUCGCCGAGACGUUCAGGAGGGAGCACCAGAUUGCUGCAAAAUUUAUGCGACACCAUGAUUUCACCGAGGGUGUAUCAGCAUUGCUUAUCCGGAAACCGAGAGGCACACCACAAUGGCAGCCACCAUCGCUGGAGGCCAUCAAGCCGGAGGACAACGUGAGCGAGCCAUUCUUCCAAGAAUCCAAGGAUACGGAUAAACUAGCUCUCCUGAACGAUUCCGACUUCCGCGAAUACCCAAAUAACCAUCUCGGAUUGCCGAGUGAGCAUUAUGUUGAGCGGGUCGUGAUGGAGGGUACGAUGAGCCGGGGCGAGGUGGUGAAGCAUUUCAUUGAGAAGAAGAAGGGCAAGCAAGGUGUGAAGGAGGUCGUCGAAGAGGUCCUGUCAAGGAAAACCAUCGUCAAUGAUAACGGCAAGGCUGUGUGGCAAUAUUAGGGGUUGGAAACAACAACUACUGGGUAUGAUAGGGGCUUCGCUGAUGGAAAAAGGCGAUAGUUUCAUUUUCAUGUUGCAUAGAACGCGAAAUUCAUUAAACAAUAAGUGUAGUUAUAAGUAUGCGUAGAUGUAGAAAUAGCCUCGUUCCACGCUGUCAGUUGUGGAGCUGGGAAAAAGGUGUGGUUGCGAAACUGAAGGGUGUUAUGUGAUUGGCUGCAGCUUGGCAGUUACAGAAACUCUGCAAGACCAAGAUCGCGUCAUGUUAUCAAGAUGGAGUUGGUGGCCGAAAAGUGCAAGUGGGGGGUGUCUUCAGAAAGUAUAAAUAGGCAGGGCCCCCGCCCCCGCAGGGUAUAAUUCAAAAAAGAC